AUGUCGAAAAGAAAUAGCGGCAGCGCCGUAAAUGGCGCAACAAAGGAUUCAACAGCCGGUGGGCCAGCUAUGGAUAAACAAAAGAGAUUGUUAGAGAAAGAUACAGGGCAUUUCUCCAUGAUCAAGAUGUUGCAUCUUGCGGAUUUGAUCACCGAACUCAAUGGGUUCUGUGGUGUUAUGUCUGUAUUUGCCUCGAUGCGAUAUUGUCUGGGCCCAUCCGAUGCGCAUGGAAAUCUUUGGGCGGCUUUAGCUUUUAUGCCUUUUGGAUUGUUCUUCGAUUUUAUGGAUGGGAAGGUUGCCAGAUGGAGAAAGAAGAGUAGUUUAAUGGGUCAAGAAUUGGAUUCUUUGGCGGAUUUGGUAUCCUUUGGUGUUUCGCCCGCCGCUGCAGCUUUUGCUAUCGGUAUCCGCACUCCUCUCGACCACCUCUUCCUUACUUUCUUCGUCCUCUGCGGUCUCACCCGUCUCGCUCGUUUCAAUAUCACCGUAGCCAAUGUUCCUAAGGAUGCCACUGGAAAGAGUAAAUAUUUUGAAGGCACGCCGAUCCCUACUUCCCUUUCCAUUGCCGCAUUAAUGGCAUACUGGGUGUCCAAGGGCUGGAUCUUGGACAAUAUACCAUUAGGAACAAUGGGCACUGGUACUAUUUUUGAAUUUCAUCCAGUCGUGGGACUUUUUGUUCUUUGGGGCUGCAUGAUGACUAGUAAGACCAUUCAUAUUCCUAAGCCAUGA